UGAAAUGUCAAAAAGGAAGUUUUUUCAUUGAAGUUUCUAGCUGAUCCUCAGCUUUCGCUGUCCUGUCAAAAAGUGUAGAAAUACGAGAGUUGAGUGAGGAUUUUGAUUGCGUUUUGUUUGUGGAAGCAGUUCAAAAUGGCAGGUGUUAGUGGUGCGUGAUAUUUUUCGUGUGAUCUUACCGAGCAUGGAAUCCAACAAAGUUUCCAAUUGUAACUCUAAAAACAGAUUUGCAGAUUACUUUGUAAUAUGUGGUCUUGACUACAGUUCUGGUCUCGAACCAGAUACUUUUGCAGGAGACAAUCUGCAUUCAAGUCCUCUAGAAAGACCCUACAAAUGCAAGGUGCUUGGACACUAUCCUGAGAACGUCACUUGGAAUCCUUUCGACAAAGAUGCCGUGGGCAUGCUAUGUCUACCGCACGGCCUGCAGUUUCGCACACAAAAACACCCUCUUGACCCGAGGUUUCACAGUUUUGUCAUCACCCGACAAGAUGGCAAACGAUACUAUGGUGCUUCUUAUGUCUUCUUUGAGGAAGUCCGCAAUAGGAAAAUAUCCACUGCAAUGCAAACGUUACAGGCCAUGCACCUGACGGAGCUGUCCAGUGGGCAGCAGCCGUCCAGGAAGCACGUACUGGACCACAACACUCGCUCUCUGCCUCGUCACUUCAAGCUGGCCUCCCACCACACUCGGAUAGCGCAGAACUACUACGACCACACCAAGGAUACACUUCACGUCACCAAGAGCAUUGCACUCAUACUGCAGCUGCCCUUCAUACAUGCUGCUGAGGCCUUCCUCAUUGGCUUGUACAGGUGCUGGAAGGAGCAAGGCCCUGUCAGUCUAGAGAGCUACAUAUACAACCUGGUGUACGAGGUGGUAGUCCCGGGUCCGGGCAGAUCCCUUAGCUUCCUCUGCUAUCCGGACUGUGUCACUGUGAUCCAGCGACCCUCCAACAUAGAGGAGCUGCCGCUGUUUGACUACUCGAUGCGUGAGAUGUUCACACUGCUCGGUGUCGACUGUGUGCUGCAACUCUUCACCUGUGUGCUGCUCGAGAACCAGGUGCUUCUGUGCUCAUCUGAGUACCAGAGGCUGAUGCUAGUGGCUGAGUGUAUGACGGCUCUGCUGUUCCCCUUCACCUGGCCUCACGUCUAUGUGCCGAUCCUGCCCUCGUCCCUGCAACACUUCCUGGACGCUCCUGUACCCUUCAUCAUGGGACUGCACAGCCGCGAGAACAGGAUCAACAUACCAAGCGAGGCCAACCUGUGCUACAUUGACCUAGACUCCCGGACUGUCCAGUUACCUGAGGAACUACCCUCGUUUCCACACAAGUCUGAAUUCAUCUGCGAGAUCUCCGAAAUUCUGGACCGAUACAAAGUCCCUAGCAAUCAUGAUAGGAUAAUCAACACACAGACGGACAUGAGUGAGAACAGCCUGAUGACGACCAGUUGUACGUUGCCUCGUAAACACUCGUGGGCUAACGAGCUGGACGACACCUCGAGGCCUCCCUUGCUGUCUUGUCCUGACACACUCAAGCGAUUGGUCAAACUGGCCAGGAGAACAGGUGUUAGCUUGGACGGCAUUGACGGACCGGACUGGGACAUAAAUCUAAACGAUUCACUUCAAGACUCCGAUGAAGAGUUGGACGAGAACCAAGUUAUUGACGAGGAGUCAUACGAGAGGGAAUUACGCUUUAAUAACUCCAUCAGAGAAAUCUUCCUUAACAGAUUCGUACAUAUUUUCGCCUCGUACGAGCAUUUCGUCAUCCAACCAAAUCAGGACAAGGAACAAUGGCUGAGCAACAGAGAGUCCAUGCAGAACUUUGACAAGGCCACAUUCCUGUCAGAUCAGCCGCAGCAUCACCUGCCGUUCCUGUCUCGCUUCAUCGAGACGCAGAUGUUUGCUACAUUGGUGGACAACAAGAUACUUGCGACUUGGAGCAAGACUGAACCAAACCUGAGGGUCUUUGAGAGGCGUAUUAAACUGCUCAGGAAAAGGUACGGUGGAGGAGACGUAGUGAGGUCACCAUGUUACGAGAGAUGUAGCAGUAUCAAUGACUCACAGCGGCUACUGGACAAGCGACUGGCCUCUGUUGAUGUACAAGUCGCCCCACCUCGUGAGAUGUUGACCAACCACGCCUCUCGGAACACUCGUGCCGGCUUCCCCCUCCUGGACAACGUACUGCUGAACCAGGAACCAUCACUUAGGAGUCGUAAGCGCAGCAGCAGUGUACAAUGGCGAGCCCCCCGCUCAGGAUUGACACACUCACUGUCCAGUGUGUCCCUGGAUGAGUUGGAUGCCCCGGCGCCCCGCCGUACCCCUAGUGAAGCUCAUCCCCUCGGUGCUAACACAUUGAAGCCCACCCCCAACAAACCUCCCCCCGCCAUGAGUCCUGCCCUCAUAGCCCAGACCAACUGGAACUUUGUGGAAAAACUGCUAAAGGACUGCAAAGCAAAGACAAAGCGUAUGCUGGUGGAGAAAAUGGGAACUGAAGCUGUCCAGUUGGGCCACUCGACACAAACGUCUCUUGUUGAAGAGAACACUUUGAUAGCCAGUCUGUGUGAUCUGCUGGAGAGGAUUUGGGCUCACGGUCUACACAAUAAACAGGGCAAGUCAGCGCUGUGGUCACAUCUACUCAACUAUCAGGAGCUGGAGGAGUGUAAUGACACCAGCAAACCCAUCGACCCAAACUUCCUCACACCAGCAUUGGCUUGGGUUGUUCUACGGAAACGACUUGAUUAUUCCACCCCUGCCAAGGCUUCAUUCCAACAGAAGCUAUUCUCUUCCAUCCGCUCAGGAUCUGCUAACAUUAUGGACUUAAUCCCCUUUGAUCUGUCAUCCAUGGCGCUGGAAACAUCACCAGCCUCAUCACCCACCGUCGGCCGCAGUCGCUCCGAGACCAGGACCAGCAACACUCGACGGCUCAGUGAGGAGUCUCACGCUCAGCCAUCGCUGCGACCACUGCCCAGCUCACUGACCUUUGACAUGAGAUGUGUCCAAGCCAUGACAGACAUCAAGACACACAUCGGAUAUGCCAGGGCCUGGGUGAGGCUUUCUUUGGAGAAGAAGCUGCUUUCCCGACACCUCCGAACACUGCUCAGCGACACGGCUUUGCUCAAGAGCCAGUAUAAACGUUACGCCUUCCUGAGGUGUGAUGAAGAAAAAGAACAGUUCCUGUAUCAUUUGCUCACUCUGAACGCUGUCGACUACCAUUGCUUCACCAACACAUAUACUAACACAAGGAUACCCUACAGAGUAGCCAUUUUCUCGUCACAGAAGACCAACGCAGGCACGACAACGGCCAACUGUUGGCUCGUAGUGUCUGGCAGUCUCGGCGAGACUCAGCGCGUUCCUGUUCCUCGAGGCUCAUUUGAGUUUGUCUUCCAUCAUAAGAAUCUCGGCAUUUUGACCACUCUGAGGAUUGCUCAUGACAACACUGGCUUGAGUCCCAAGUGGAUGGUGGAGUACGUCAUCGUCAGGAACGAGAUAACUGGCCACACAUACAGUUUCCCCUGCGGUCGCUGGUUGGGUCGAGGGAUUGAUGAUGACUCGACUGAGCGUCUGUUGGUGGGUGAGCGAGUCAGCGAGCACAGUGAACGAGGUAGAGGUAGCAACUCUCCUCGUGUACGCAGUCCGAGCGUACCUCCGCCCAAACGAGCAAUGCCUGUAGCUGAUAUACAGACAAUGCUAGGUGACUGUCUCAACAGCAUUGUCAAGUUCUAUCAUCACCCUGGCAGUCAGGACCAGGUGAGCUCCUGGACACUACUGCUGUGUGGAGAGACGGGACUGGUGGCUUGUCUAGAACAGGUCUUCCUCUUCGGCUUCAAGUCUGUCAGAUUGUUUGGCCGCAAUCUCUACAUAUGGGACUUUAUUGCCAAAGUGAAGGAGGAGAAGGAGUCCGCUGGUGAAUGUGACGACGUGACCAGAUACUACUGUGACUUGGUAGACAAGAUACUGAUGGCUGGUCACUCACUGGGCAAGGACGGUCGGUUUCAGCUGUUCGUCUGUCUUGGAGCAAGAGAUGGGAUGUUGGCGGACGUGUUGCUCAGCGUGAUGGCUGCGUCGCGCUGUGCGCUGGACAUGUACGAGGACCAGUCGUUCCUACGAGACCCGAGUCUACUGCUCUACAUAGGCCAGAUACUGGAGAGCCUCAAUCAGUUUGACAUUGUCUUGGAGAACUCCUUGACGCAGGGAAUCAGCUAAACUACGCACCCUGUACAUAUUCCCUCUCCCUUCAGAAAAUAGAAACCUACAUUAGAGUCUUCAUCACCAGAAUAUAUCCAUGGGUAAGUGGCUGAGUAGUUAGAGUGCUCGCCUGAUACUCAAAGGAUUGCCCGUUCAAUCCUGAUUGAAGUCAGAAACAUGUUUUUGUUUGAAGACUCAGCUGUCUAUGAUUAUUGGGUUUUUAAUAAAAAGAUCUUGGCUUAGAAAAGGCUAUUGGGGUUAAAUUCUCUAUUGCAAGUUAAAUCUGAAUUCAAUAAGUAGUGGCAGCUCUCUAAAAAUAUUAUCUUAUCAAUAAGAAAGAUAUAUUCUGGAUCUCAAAUUCCAGCCAUUUACUUUUUUAAGGGUAAUUUUGGUACUAAAUGGAUUGUAGGCACUUUGGCUUUAACACCCCUUUUCUAAUGUUUUGUACUAUCAUUAUUUUUGGUGCUGUAUAUUUCACAAAAAUUUUGCAUUUAAAAAGUUUUAAACACAGGCCUACUAAUUGGGAACAUGGCUUGAAGUAUGAUGAAGACUCUAACAAAAAUUGUUUCCGUUCUUAAUCGAUUUACAUAGUGUUUAGUGAGAUUUUCUAACUCAGAUUUAUACUAAUAUCUCAUUAAGGAGUUGAUAGUCUUUCUUUUGGAUCUCUCUUUCACAUUAUGACGUGUCUUUUCAUAAUACCUACGUGUAACAUUUUAUUAUUGUUGUAAGAUGGUUGAGAUUUUGGGUAAAAAUGUUUGGUAAAAUUCCAAAAUUGUUUGAAGUUGAAGUUGGAUUUAAAAUUCUCAAACCAAGCUCAAAAAGAGUUUAUUGGAACUAAAUUGAAGCUGCCAGUUCCUUUCACCAAUACAUUUUCCUUUACAUUAUUUUUUAAAUAUGCCUACGUAAGUAAAUACUUUAUGUCUAUAUCAUAUUGAGAUAUAUUAGAUGAUAUUAAUAGGGAUAUAUCAAAUGAUAAAUCUCUUUUUUUAGAUCUGUCAAAUGUGUUCUCCUGUUUUAAGAUUUACAGUUGGUGAAGUUGGUUUCAACUCAAAUGUCAAAUAAUACAACAAAAAUAAAGUAGUAUUUUUAAGAUUGUUAAAUGUAAAAUAUAUAAGGAUGUUGAUACAUUUUAUAUCAGUUAAGUAUAAUGUUCUCUUUAUUUGCUUAUGCUAUUAGCUGUAAAAGUGCAUGGUUUGAUGUUCUAUAAAUAUUAAAUUAGUUGUACUUUUGGGAAAGUCAGAAACUUUACUUUUAGUUGUCUUUCUAGACCCAUUUAAAUUUAGGGAUGAGUAGAACUGGAUAUGAUUGGAAAGGAGUUCUCAUGUUUAUUCCUAAAAUGCAGGAACGUUUUGGGAAUGUUGUUAUUUUUUACUUGUAAAACAUUUGUCUAUGAAUUUAUUAUCGAGCUAACUAUUUUAAAACGAGCAAGUAAUGUUAACUAGCUUGGAAGUUUUUUUGAAAUAAUUGUAAAUGUUAGAUGAUCUAAAGCAAAUCAAGUAGUCAAUAGCCAGUCAAAUAUAUAUAUUUUUUUAUGAAUAUAAGAUUUAGCUUUAUGCUUUACUCUCCAAGAAAUUCAAAAGAUUGGAAAAAGAUCUAAACCACUGUUAAACUGAUUUUGUAUUUAGCUUUAUUUGGCCAGAAAAAAAACAAAUUUAAUCCUCUGUGAUUUUAAUGAUAUCACAAUAUUCCUUUCUUUAAAAUAUCCCUAAAAUAUUGAAUGGCAACAAAAUUGUCUGUGUCUACCAUCCCUAGGUAUUAUUUUAAUGGUCAAUUAUUUUUAACUAUUCCGAUAAUAUGUUCUCGUUUUGACUGAAUUUUUUAAUAUUUUAGUCUUAAUGAUAGCUUUACUUUCCAUGUGAUAUAUUAGUAAGACCCGUUCUCUAUGACAAACCAAAGUGGUUAUAUGUUAGUUUAGCUUUGUAAUAUGUCUUGUAAAUAUUGACAAAUAUAUAAUUUUUAAAGUAUUUUUGGAAUGUCUGUCCAUUCUUUGGGUCUGUAGUUGGUUAGCGAAGGCUUUAGUAUGGAAGCUGGUAAAUUUCCUUGCAUGUCUUUAAUUGUUUCUCUUAAUUUGUGAGUAUCAAUGCAAAGGCAAUUUCUUCUGUGGUUCCUCUAUAAAAGAGCAGAGGUUAAGUGGUAGAGAGGACUUGCAAGUCCUAACUUCGCCACUUAAAUAAAGACAUUUUUCAUUUCAUUUCAAAGAGCGUCUAUAAACAUGUCCGAACCUUGAUCUUGUUUUUAUUGUAUUGUAUUCAUUAAAAUAAAUUCCUCUCUAAGGUAGGUCUUACAUUACAUCUACCUCUUUUGUAUGCUAUAAGUAUGUUUUGACUAAUUAAUGAGAAUACUAAUACUAAUGAUGAUCAUAUACUAUUACACCCCGUAAAUACCAUUGUAGACAUCCCAUCAAUAUGAAAUUUCAUUUCUUAUUUUAAAGUGAACUCAGUUGAAACAUCACGAAAAUAAUGUACUGUUGUCAGUAUUUUUUCUUUACACACUAAUGUACGCUCAUUCUACGUUCUAAUAUUUAUUUUGGCAGCUCUAGUAUUUCUACUAUUUAUUAGUUUGUACUUUUUUGUUAUGGUCUCUGUUUUUUUUUUUAUUUAGGUAUAGUAAUUGUGCCAUGGUAGAAUAUGUUUGUGAUAGUUAUAAAUACUCAUCUUCUUUUUACUUAUUUUGUAAAGUUUGUUGUACAAGUUUAAUCAUGCAGUUGGAUUUAAGCAGUUAUUUUUCUACAUGAGUAGUUACCAUUGUUCAGGGGAUUGUGUAUGACUCAUUGAGUUCCUCUGGGUAGUUUUAGUUUAUUAAUUUUCUGUUUUUAUUUGGUAAAUCUCUAAACUAAUAAGUUUUAUAUAACCCAGUUUUUCCCCUGGACUUUUAGUAUAUAGUUUAAGUUUAAGUUUAUAAACCUAAAUUAGGCCUAAUUGAUUUAUUACUUCUCUAGCAAUGUGUAUUUACAUUUUUAAAUGGUUUGUAAACAGCAGACUAUUGGUACGUUUUAUUGACACUGAAGACUAUAUAUAAUUAGAAACCUAAAACUUGUUUUCUGCAGUGUAAUAGUUUUACAAAACUGUCUUGGUUGAAAAAUGAUACUGCCUACAUAGUUUUCUUUAACACCGAGUAACAAAAAGAGGUAUGGAUAAAUUCUUGAUUUAAACCUAUUUAUUUGUUUAAAUCAUCAAGAAUCAGUUGCCUGUACUGAUAUGAUUUCCUUGUUUCUUACCCUAUUUACCCGUGUUUAUUUUUAGUCAAUCUUAUUAUUUUGAGUAUUUUUUUAAAGUUUGUGAUUAAUUAAUAUUGCAUAUUUAUUGUAGAGUUACAUAGGGAAUACUAGUACAAACAUGUAUUAUUCGACCACAGUCACUACCAAAUUGAUCUCGGUUCCAAUAAAAGAUUGCUUUGUUAACUGCCCCACAUGUUAAACGAUUUAUUUAAAUUGUUUCUACCUCUUAGAGGUGGUUUGAAGAACAAAAAAGGUUUAUAUACAAGUGAUUCCAGAUCAUCAUACCUUUAACCAAAAUCUCCCCUCCCAAAAAAAAAUUUCACUUUGUAUUUUUAAUUAAUUCACUGACGAAUAAUACAAUGUAUCAUACAUAAUACCUUUAUAAAUUGUCCUAAAUCCCAUGUUAUUUGUCAUCCACACACAUUGAUCAACAUUCAGUAAAAAAUUAGGUGAGAACAGUAUAAGAUCAUAUCUGCAAGUAUCUUAUAAAAAGUCCUAAUUUCCAGUAUUGUCAUGCGAUUACUCCAAAAUAAAAACACAACUAAAUUGAGGUGCAAUUUUAAUUUGAUUUAUAUGUUAGGUUUUGUUAAGUUCUAUAUCAAAUAUACAGAUUUUAAAAAGUUGUAUAUUUCACCCACUAUGACUACACAAUGUCUACUUAUA